UAAUAUACCAUCAGAUCCUACUGAUGCAAACAAAGCUCUCAUGUCUAAAGGCCUUGAUGCUGACUUGAAUUCAAUGAUACUGUACUCUCUAUUAAAUGGAAUAUAUACUGGAAUUGUUGCUGUUGCACUUUGGAAUAUCUAUUUGGCAUUGUUGGAUAGUCUGGGGCCAGCAAUGGCUCAUUGUUUUGCCUCCUGUAUUUUUUCUGGUUUCUGCAAUUAUAUCCUCUAUUCAUCUUUUGCUCUUGCUUCCAUCUUGUGGUGCACCUUACUCAUCAUCUACUACAUUAUUACUGUUGCACAAGCAGGAAAUGAAGUGGGAGAAUACUUUGAUAUUCUAGCAGCAAUUGCAAGGGGCAUCGCUCCUACUCUUCUUGUUGGACAGGUUGCAGCAGGUCAUGCUCAUCCAGAUGAUUCUUGGCAGGGAAGCACCAUAUCAAGCUCACUUCACUUUGGGACACAUUCUGGAGAUCAUGACUCCCAGCAGGACUCCAUAAUGAAUGGUGACCUUGAAGCUCAGCAGAUGAUAGAUGAUGAAUAUGGCCAUCACACUGCAGUGGACUCCCAGGAAGAUAUUGGUAUCAACAGUUCAGAGGGCAUCAUCCAUAGAGACUAUAAUGGGCUUGAGGUGUUGGAGAUACAAGUAUAG